CUCUAUACUCAACAUUUUUAUUAUUUUGGCUAUCUUACUGUUUUUUAUAUUUCACAAGAAAACCAUUGGGAAUAAUUAAAUCAUUUCUUGUUAAUAAGUAUGCAUAUACAAAGUUGACCAUAGGGAUUCUUGAUUCAUCCUUUUUGCUACCCUAUUCUUUUUUUCAGAUAAUCUUUGGAAAUUUAGGAGACAAUAAAAAUCCUACUAAAUUUUUGGCUAUUUGUAUAAUAUGUGCUGGGUUGUCAACUAUUUUUUUGGGGCCUUUGGAUCAAUUAUGGAUAAUGAUAUUAUCGUUAUUUUUAAAUGGCACAUUCCAGGCUUUCGUUUGGCCCGUGUUAGUGAAGAUUAUUUCGACGUUGUUCUCUAAAUCGGAUCAUCACAAUUUGAUUUUAGGGUUUUUCGGUACGUCGCCGUUUGCUGGAGGGACCCUUGGAACUUUACUCUCAGUUUAUAUCAAAGAUCGUCUCUCAUGGAAAUGGGUCUAUCCUAUACCAUCCGUCCUUAUAAUAUUUAUUGGGAUAGUCGUUUUCGUAUAUUACCAGACCUUUCUUAAAAAAAUUCUCAAAACAUGGGACGACAAAAAAAUCCAAGCUGAUCUCAAAAAUAAAACGGACCAACAAAAUGUCGAUGAUUCCGCUCAUAAUCGCGAAGUAGGCGAUGCUGACCUUUUGAGGGCAACCAACGACAACAGAAAUAAGAGCUCUACAAAGGGGAAAAACAUGUCGCAAUCCUUUUGGCAACAUAUUAAAUGCUCCUUUGUUUUAAUGUGGGAUUUACCAGUUGUGGGAUUGGCAGCUUUAUCCAUGUUUUGCCUCAAGAUUAUUCGGUAUACGUUGUACAUGUGGCUUCCUUUCAUUCUGGAAUAUACGAAUGAAUUUUCUUCAACCAAAGCCGGCAACGUGUCAGCCAUCUUCGAAAUUGGGGGCGUCGUGGGAUCGAUUCUGUUAGGAUUUCUUUUGGACAGAUGCUUUUCUCGUUCUCAAUUACUCGGCAUAGUAACUUUCACUUACCUUCAAAUUGUGACGAUGGUCGCUUUCCUACUCACAGCCAACACGAAAGUCAAUUGGCUUAUUAAUGCCACGUUCCUGUUGUUUGUUGGCUUAUUUGUGGGCGGUCUAGACAACGCCAUGUCCUCAUCGCUGCCAAUAUUCCUUGCCAAGUCAUACAAACCAGAUUCCGCCUCAGCUCUCGUGGGCAUAAUUAAUGGUUUUGGUACUUUGGGCACUAUAUUGCAAGGCCCACUUGUCGGAUUUAUAUUAGACAAAUCAUCUACUCCUAAAGCCCCCAAAGUUCUGGAUGGCCUAACAGAGCUCAACAGCUCUAGGACAUCCGCCGAUCCUAAAAUUGACCGACGUACUUUACCAACUAAUGAUAUGUCUCAACUUAACACUACUAUAGACUUUCGGGCUCUGUUUUACAUACUGGGUGGCUUAACCGCGCUUGCCGCCCUCGCGGCUACGGCCAGUUACCUUUUAUACCGUAAGCAUGAACACAAACUUUCCACGACCAACAAGAAAAACAAGGACGGGGUUCUUCUUUUGAGUCACAUAAGCGAACCAUCAACGCGUCAAAUAUAAUCAUAUUUUUUAAAUUAAAAUGUUAUCAUGAAUUAAAUACUUGUCCACCUAAUUAUUUAUGUACACAUAGGUGACCUUCAUGUUAACAGUUUAGUUUGUUUUAAUACCUUAAUUUAUGAUUUAACUAUUUACGAAAUUUGGAGAAUUAUUUAUAUUAUUGUGAUGUUUUUAAAAAUUUUUUUUUUAAUAGACAAUAAAUUAUACAAUCAAUAUUUUUUUUAAAUAAAAUACCUCGUCCGUAAAUUCAAGUCAUAUCAUAUUUUCACUAUCUUAAAUAUUUAAUUUAAAAAAUAAUUGUAAUUCAUUACAUAAAUCAUCGUACAUAUUUUAGAUAUUAUAAAUUAUUUCGAAUUUUAUGUUUUUUUUAAAUGUUCGGCUACUAAUAUUAU